CGAGUAGACCCACAAAAAGCGACAGUGAGUCAACCACGUUGGUUUGGCGCAGACAUUUUUAGGUCAUUUUGGACAUUAUCUGCGCUCCUUUAAAGACGGACUCCUUUUAGAGCAGAGGUGUCAAACCCGAGGCCCGGCGGCCAGAUGCGGCCCGCCACAUCCUCUUAUGAGGCCCGCGAAAGCAAAUCGUGCUCGUCAACUUCCGUGAUAAGAAGCCCACUCCACAGGGUAAGAGUUUUGACUACAUUUCUCGGUUGUCAUGAAGGUUUAGUAGCUGGCAGAAAGGUAUAUUGAUGCCAACAACUAUCCUGUAAGUGAUACAGAAUGUUGAUACUACCUGGUAAAAGCGCCGGCGUGUAAUGGGAGGAUAUCUGUCGCAGCAGAUUGUGGUUCAAACCUGACUGACUGGUUCCCGGGCCGUGAUGAACGGCUGACUGCUUGCCAGGCCCGUUGCGCUUCGCAGGUAUAUAAAGAUCACACACCAUCGCCUCCUCCGUAGUCGUAGACCAGAGUCCUGCAGAGAGACCACGCCGGCGUGCAAAGAUGAGCUUCAUGGGCAGCAACUCGGUGUUCAAGAGCGUGGACGUGCACGCGAAGCGCAACAACAGCGAGCAUCACAACGGCGAGUUUCCCCAACAUCAGCUGACCGUGCGCAGAGGACAGGCCUUCAAGGUCACCUUGAACUUGGCAAAGGCUUUCAAGGACGGCCACGAUUCCCUCGUCCUCAUCGCCUCCAUUGUGGGACAACACGCUUCCGAGGAGAAGGGCACCUCGUGUCGCUUCGGCAUCCCGGACGCGGUCAACCGCCGGGCGUCCGCCAAAGCCCCGUGGAAGGCCAAGCUGGACGCCGGCUCGUCUCCCAGCGGGCCGGUGCUGCUCAUCACGGCCCCUGCGGACGCCCCCGUCGGCAGGUACACCUUGAAGGCCAGCCUGUGGGGAGAGGACAAGACUGUCGCCACGCUCGUGCUGCUCUUCAACCCCUGGUUCUCCGGAGACUCGGUGUUCUUGCCGAACGAGCAGGAGAGACGAGAGUAUGUGCUGAACGAACAAGGAGUCAUCUACCAAGGAAGUUCCGAUUACAUUGCACCUCUCGACUGGGACUUUGGACACUUUGAAGACGACAUGAUAGAUAUUUGCCUCCUGAUUCUGGACAAGAGUCGGAAGUACCAAGAGGACCCCAGCAGCGAUCUGGCUUCCCGCAGCGACCCGGCCUACGUGGGCCGCGUGGUCAGCGCCAUGAUCAACAGCCAGGACGAUGGAGGUGUCCUGAUGGGCAACUGGUCGGAUUUCUAUGAGGACGGCAUGUCGCCCAUGCACUGGAGCGGUAGCCACGCCAUCCUGUCCAAGUGGAAGAGCAGCGACUGCCAGUCGGUCAAGUAUGGACAAUGCUGGGUGUUUGCCGGAGUCAUGUGUUCAGUGAUGCGUUUGCUGGGCGUUCCCACCCGCGUGGUCACCAACUUCGUGUCGGCCCACGACACAGACGGCAGCCUGACCAUCGAUGUCUACCACGCCGAGACGGAGGCCAACCGCAAAGAGUCCAUGGACAGUAUCUGGAACUAUCACGUGUGGGUCGAGUCAUGGAUGAAGCGUCCCGACCUGAAGGCCAACGGCAAAUAUGACGGCUGGCAGGUUUUGGAUGCCACGCCGCAGGAACCCAGCAAGGGCUUGUACCGCUGCGGCCCCGCCUCUUUGGUGGCCAUCUUGAACGGCGAGACCGACCUCGAGUACGACGUCCCGUUCGUCUUCGCUGAGGUCAACGCGGAUUGCAUCGACUGGCUGAUUAAAGAUGACGGCACUGAGGUAGUCCUUAACUCGGACACCAAGCGAGUUGGUAAGCGCAUCUCCACCAAGGCAGUGGGUGAGGACAGGUGGCUCAGCAUCACCAGUUCCUACAAACACAAGGAGGGCUCGGAGAUGGAGCGCAACGUGUUCGAGUACGCCAUCAGUGACGACAAAGAUGAUAACGACGACGACUCUGCGGGCGGCGUGGCCGACACCUCGCGCCCGCCGGCCCCCCCGGUCCCCCCGCCGAAGCUCACCAUGCGCUUCGAUGAGGUGUCGGUACCGGAGUACGGCAAGGACGUGCAACUGAGGCUGGUGCUGAGCAGCGAGAGCCGCGUGGAAAGGAAGCUCAGCAUCCGCGUCAACGUGGAAGGAAUGAGGUACAACGGCACCUUUGUCGUCACCAUCCACUCCGAAGUCAAGGAGGAGACGCUGCAGCCUUUGAGAGAGCUGUCCGUGCCCAUCGUGAUCCCCGUGCGUACGUACUACAGUCACAUGCGCCGAGCGGACAACUUGAAGGUUUCGGCCCUGGUGACGGACAAGAAGCAUCCCGACAAAACGUACCUAGCGGAGGACGACGUGGUGCUGCGCGACGCCCCCGUCGUCGUCACCGUUUCCAGUUACGUCCGACAGCACCAGUGGGCGUCGGGAGAGGUGGUCUUCCUCAACCCCAUCCAGGAGACCCUGACGGGCAUGACGCUGACCCUGUCGGGAAGCGGCCUCUUGCGGGACGAGUUGGAGUACAGACUUCCCGACCUGUCUCCCAACAGCCGCAUCCGCGUCCAGUUUGAGUUUCUCCCGUACAGAACGGGACCGAGGAUGCUGGUGGCCGACAUCCACGCGACCAUUUUUAAAGAUUUUAAGGGCAGAUGCGCAGUCAACGUCAGACUGUGAAUUGUCCUCUUGUUUUUUCUUCCUUUUUUUGAAAUAUCUGCUACAAAAAAGUACUUUUCAACCAACGGGUGCUUAAUUUUAUUUUAUUUUUUUUUCAAACAUGAGCAGAACAUUUUCCUGCUUUAGGCUCGCUGCCGUUUUGACAUUUAGUGUUUUUGAACACUCCACGCUACGCUUGUUAAAAAUAUUUGUAUGACAUCGCCACAAGAGGGUAGCAGUGAGCCAGUUAACCAUUGAGCAGGUGAUGGAAAUGACUGCGACGUCGGUAGCUUGGUACAAUAAGCACGACAAAAAAAAAAAAAAAAAAAAAAAAAAAAGAGUCCGUAGUUUGUAGUUUUACUUUACUUUGACUAUUUAGUGUCGUACGUUUCUUGCUGUCAAGCAUGUUUUACGCCUGUACCGUAAAUAGAGCAUUGACGAUGGCCACAAUGAUUGAUUGAGAUGAUUUUUUUCACUUGACAUAUUUACCUACGGGAACCUUGAUGAUGAAUCGAUUGUCCCCCUGUGCCACACCUUUGUGGACAGUAACAAAUUCAGAACAAAUACCAUACUGGGACUUAUUAGUGGCAGUGAAGCUAAUUCCAGGAUGAGAUGGAGAAGGAGUGGUCGGUUACCAAAUGAAGGCAACCCCCACACUCCCACCCAAAAGAAACUCAUAAAAUAGCAUAAACUUGUACUUUAUGGUGUCAGCUGGGCAACCUGGUGUUCGGACACCAACUUGGCUCUGAAAAUCGACAAAACCAAGGAGAUCGUCAUCGACUUGAGGAAGCACGUGUGGAGAGGGUCCACACUUCGCGGUUUCUCGACGUCUUGCAUUAUCACUGGUGAAUGCAGCAUUUCAUCACCAAACCAUCAGAAUGCACUCGUCGAUUCAAGUAGCACACAGUGCCUAUUUUCAGAAAUAGGUAGAGAAGAUUUCCAGGGUUGGGUAAGGGGAACAUGAAUGCAGCGUGAGGCGAACCGACCACCCUCGUCACCACCGUCGUCAUCCUCCCCGCUGACGAGUGAGCGCAGCCGGCCGGCA